AGUUUAGGUUUUAUGAUUUUCUAGGUCUUCUUGAUCACAUUUAAAACCGAAUCGAUCACAAACAAAUCACACACGACAUAGGCAACACAGAAGGGUGUGCGAUAGGAAGCAAAGGUAUACAGCGAUACGUAACGUUGGAUUCAAGGUAUCUCAUUCUUCUACCUGCACUCGGACAGCCCGGCAACAUCGAUCUUCCAACAAGAAACAACCGUGGAGAUCAGCAUCCGUGUCCUUGUCAAAGAUGAGUGCCAUACCUUCGACUCAUAUCGAAAAUGGGAAACACAAACGGGAAGACACGACAGAAUCACUAUCCAAUCGACCACAUCUACAUAUCCCCGGCAUCGACACAGCAGCAUCAUCACCUGGCGUAAUUGAUUCACCUUUGCAUUCUCCUACAUCUUCUUCCGGUCAUCAUGGAGGUCUUGCAACCAAUGGACAUGCAGCAUCACGUAGACCAAGUGCAAAAUUGACAAGGAAACGUAACAUUGACAGAGUUCAUUUUGGAGCAUACGAUAUAAAGACGUGGUAUUAUAGUCCAUACCAAUUUGAUGAAGAAGAAUGGGCAGCUUUGGCAAAUACGACCGCAAACGGAAAUCCAGGAGGAUCUUCAUCCAAUCCUACACAAGCCACCAAAAAUCACUCAAGAAGCGAAACAACCACAUCAACAACAUCAACUCUCAACCCUGACAGUUUGGUAGAAUCUAUUCCUCUACGGCAUGGAGGUGCUUUAUCCAAUAGUGCUGAACAUGCGCCCGCAUUACAAGCAACAACGAAUGGUGAAGCACGUGUACAAAUACAAAAUGAAGAACCUGUUGCUAAAUCGAUUUGGAUUUGUGAUGGUUGUUUCAAGUAUAUGAGAACAUAUCCUGGCUUUAAAGCACAUAAAAGACAAUGCAAUCUCACUCAUCCCCCGGGUAAAAAGGUCUAUCAACGUGGAGCUCAUACGAUUUGGGAAGUGGACGGGUCUCUUCAAAAGCUUUAUUGUCAAAAUUUGUCAUUGUUUGGAAAGUUAUUUAUUGAUCACAAGACCAUCUACUUUGAUGUAGAGCCUUUUGUGUUUUAUGUUUUGACGGACGCAACAGCACAAUUCGAUCACGUUUUGGGAUAUUUCUCAAAAGAAAAGGUAUCUUAUGAUGAUUAUAAUCUGGCUUGCAUUAUCACAUUCCCACCUUUUCAGAAGCAUGGUUUCGGAACUUUGAUGAUCGAAUUCAGCUAUCAUCUUUCUGCCAUCAAUUCCGUUGCAGGAACGCCGGAAAGACCGUUGUCUGAUUUGGGGUUGAGGGGUUAUUUGACUUUUUGGUCUGCAGUCGCAUUGCGUACGUUGGCUCUCUUCUUUCAUGAUCAAGAUGAAGAUGUUCAAGGACGUAUUUUGCCUCCUAUAUAUACUGCAACAUCAUCUUCGCGAGCAAACAAGCAACAAGCACAACCAAAUGCAGCCACAUUGGCCAUCUUUCAACAACGUCAAAAAGAUGAAUGUUUACGGAUACGUAGAAUUCUUGUAGGAAAAGCAUUACCGGGUGACAAACAACCGAAAGCUACAACAAAAACCACGGGAAAGAGAGGUAGACCAUCUUCUGAAGGUGGAGAUUUGACUGGAACCCUUGUUGAGGAUCCAUUGAAGAAGAAAAUGGCAAGUGGAGUGUCUGAUCCUGGCUCAUCUCAAAAUGAUGCGGUUCAAUCAGCUACUCACCCACUUCUCAAAAUUGAUGAAAAUGAGCCAAUUACUUUGCAUACAUCAUUGGAACGUUUAUCGGAAGCGACAAAUUUGCGUAUGGAAGAUUUAACGUUGGCAUUAUCGGAAUGCGGAUUAUUACAACGUAAAGCGGUUGAGCAUGAGCCACUUCAACUUAUUAUCACUCGAGAUCUUGUUCGUUCAUCUUUACGUAAAUUUAACGUCAAGAGACCCAUCUUGGACGUGAAUUAUGUAUUAGUUUGAUUAAUAUAUGAU